UAAAAAAACAUAUAAAUACUUUUGAGAUUAAAAAAAAAUGCUGGUAAAAUACAUUAAACACGCCCUAUCAAUUCCUUACAAGGCGUGUUGCUUUAUCGAAAUAACCGAUCUUACGCCUAACGAAGUUAAAAACGAAAUAUUUAUAACCCACAAUUACGAUUCCCCUAAUCUAAAUGUCGGAAGACAACACAAUCCUAAGAAUUCUAAGAAACCAACUACGGUUUACAUAACUUCAUCAUCAUCUCUCAAAAGUAAUAAGAAUAUUCAUAUUUGUCAUCGUAAUCAUGUUAAUAACGUAAAUCCGUUCGAUAACGAAUCGCUAGAAAUGCUACGUUCCUGCGGCAUAAAAAUGGACGAAUUCAAAUCCUCUUCCAAGGGAAACAGUUUAGCUUUCGAUCUGAUCCUCGCUCCCCCCUGUUCCCCGAAAAGUUUGGUCAGGCGCGGAAACGGUAACCUCAGCUACCAAAAUAGUAAUGACAGCUACGGUAUCCUGGUAUCCGAGGAGGAAAUGCACCUAAGCGUCACCAACUCGCCCAAGUGCAAAACCAGGGACGAUAUCGAAAAUAAACUUAGACUCGCCGAGGAAAAGAGAAAAUCGAUUGAGCAUCAGCUGAAGGAGCAAUGGAAAGAAAAGGAGACGCGUAUAAAAGAAAUGGCCGCUCAAAGUAAGGAGGCCACUUUGCUGGCCAAGGUCAAGAUAGACGAUAAGAUGAAACACACCGAGGAAAAAAGGAGUUCCCAAAUUAGGGCUAUUCAGGAUAAACUUAAGCUGCACGAACAACACGUGAUGGACGUGUGUCAAGCCAGCGAAAAUUUUGGUAAGGUCGUCAAAGAAAAAUUGGACAAGAGGAUUCAGAGCGCUCAAAACAACAGAACUUCCGUUAUACAGAGCUUGAUCGAAAGAUUGAAAGAACACGAACAAAAGGUAGAAGAGGUCAAACGACAGAACGAUGAAAUGAGACAGGAAAUGGAUCAUAAAAUGAAACUUAAAAUGGCGAGCGCCAUCACGAAUAGGGAGGAACAAUUAUCUAAUAUCCGGCUGAGAAUCAAGGAACACGUUGAUCACGUCGAAGAAGUUAGAAGCAAAAAUAGCAAAAGCAUGGAACUACAAUCUUCUUUCCACGAGGACACUAACGGCCAGCUCGAAAAUCACCAUUCUUCUCAUCUUGAUCAAAAUGGUUACCAUCAUUAAAAAUUUUUUUACAAAACCAAGCCAAUUUCACAUUUAAGCUUUUUCUCAUAAUAUUUUUCUAAUCUUAAAAGCCAAAAAAAAACAUGAAAU